CAGCUACAAAGUGCAAAGGCGGGCCACGCCCAUCUAAUUAAGCUACAAGUUGUUUAAAUAUUAAAUAGCUAGCUAGCUACAGUUGUAAGCAUGGACGGAAGAGAUGUAUACAUGCGACCCAAGGAAGAUGAGAUUAAGCUAUUAAAGUGUGAAGCAGACUUCUACAGGAGCUGCAACGCUGUGAGACAGAACGGCUAUGAGCUGCAACAAUUAAAGAAUUAUCUAGUCAAUGAGCUGCUUGAGCUGCAGAAGAACAGGGGGAGAAAGACAAGAGAGUAUGCUGUGUAUGCACAGAACACAAUAGAGGAGUUGCAGGCGUCCAAACAGCAACUAAACGAAGAACUGGAGCAAGUCAAAACAAUGUAUACGUCUUCUAAAGAGGUUCUGAACGAAAAGCUGGAACGUAUGAAAACUGAUUUGAAGGUUCUUGAUGUGGUGUAUUGUAUAAUGGCGUCCACAAAGAAACUAAACAAAGAACUGGAGCAAGUCAAAACAGAUUAUACGGUUUCUAAGAAGCAGCUGAAUGAAGAACUGGAACGUAUCAAAACUGAUUUGAAGAAAUUCAGCCGAACAUCAGGAGCUGAGUAUGCUUCAACCAAUGUUGCAUCAGUUACAUGUACAACGAUUGGCGUGGAAACAAUCUCCGACACUCGACAGGAAAACUCACCAGACACAAAUAUACUGCAAGUUGCAAGAAUACCAGUGUCAAAUGAUGUCAUUGUUCCCGUUGAUGUGCCAAAAGAAAAAGAGCUAAAGAAAAAACAAAUACCUAAUGAUGAAAAUACUGAGAAACGAAAGCCCCUUCCAAAGUCUGCCUCGGUAGUUGAAACUGACCAACCAGAAGACCCGCUCACUGGUUCAAAGAGAGCCAGGAUGAUGUCAGGCUCAAAGAUAGUUCCGCCAAACUCUCAAAUAUCGAAGAGAGAUAUCAUUUUACCAUUUGAUAAAGGCGAGAAGCCGUCGAUAAAGAAACAAAAAUCUGCUUCUGUGGAGCUAGGAUCUGAUUCUGAAGCUGAUAAACAACAAGAAAUGGGCCGUAUCAAGAGAGCCAAAACUGGGGGAAAAUCUGUUCCUAUUGACAAUGGUGGUAACUCUCAGGCAAGCAAAAAGAAGAGCAAAGAUAUCAGUAUGGUAAAGAGGAAGCCAGGACGACCCAGGAAGAUAUCAAAAGCAAACAAAGUGCCAGUGACUGUAAGAGGCGAUUCUGAACAACCGAAGUCCACUGAGCCCAAAACCUCUCUUCAAGAUACAGAUACUCAGAUUGCAGCCACUCCCUCAGAAAAGAUUGAAAACAAGAAAAGUGGAAGGCCUAGGAAACAAACAUCUGAAGAGAUUGAUGAAAUUACCCCAACAAUUGUUCCAGACAAAGUGCCAGUGACUGUAAGAGGCGAUUCUGAACAACCAAAGUCCACUGAACCCAAUACCUCCACUCAGGUUGCAGCCACUCCCUCAGAAAAUAUUGAGCAUCUGAAAGCUGUUAGCCCUAAGGAAAAAGAGAUUGCUGAAAUUAUUCCAGUGUCAGUGGCUGUAACAGGCGAUUCUGAACAACUAAAGUUCACUGAACUCAAAACCUCUCUCCAAGAUACUCAAGUGGCAGCCACUCCUUCUGAAAACAAGAAGCGUGAAAACAAUAAAAGUGGAAUACCUAGGAAACAAAAACCUGAAGAAAAUGCUAAAAUUACAUUUGUUCCAGACAAAGUGCCAGUGACUGUAAGAGGCGAUUCUGAGCAACCAAAGUCCACUGAACCCAAUACCUCCACUCAGGUUGCAGCCACUCCCUCAGAAAAUAUUGAGCUUCUGAAACCUGUCAGCCCUAAGGAAAGAAAACUUGAAGAGAUUGCUGAAAUUAUUCCAGUGCCAGUGGCUGUAAGAGGCGAUUCUGAGCAACUAAAGUUCACUGAACCCAAAACCUCUCUCCAAGAUACUCAAGUGGCAGCCACUCCUUCCGGGAAAAUUGAAAACAAGAAACGUGGAAGGCCUAGGAAACAAAAACUUGAACAAAAUGCUGAAAUUACUGACAAAGUGCCAGUGACUGUAAGAGGCAAUUCUGAGCAACCAAAGUCCACUGAACUCAAAACCUCUCUCCAAUAUACAGAUACUCAAGUGGCAACCACUCCUUCAGAAAAGAAAAAACCUGGAAGGUCUAAGAAACGAAAAACUGAAACAAAGAAAGUGCCAGUGACUGUAAGAGGCGGUUCUGAACAACCAAAGUCCACUGAACCCAAUACCUCCACUCAGGUUGCAGCCACUCCCUCAGAAAAUAUUGAGCUUCUGAAACUUGUCAGCCCUAAGGAAAAAGAGAUUGCUGAAAUUAUUCCAGUGCCAGUGACUGUAAAAGGCGAUUCUGAACAACCAAAGUUCACUGAACCCAAAACCUCCACUCAGGUUGCAGUCACUCCCUCAGAAAAUAUUAAGCUUCAGAAACCUGUCAGGCCAAAGAAAAGAAAAUCUAAAGAGACUUCUGAAAGUGAUUCAGAAUAUGAUUAUGACACUCUACCUUCAAGUGUUGUAAAAGUCCGUCCGAUUGUGAAUAUUCCUGUUGUAUUCAUCAGCUCAAGGACACGAUCACGCCUCUCAUUCUCUGAUCAUUCGAUUAUCGAAGAAGAUCGGCCACCACCAAAGAAGAAGCCUCGAAAACAAAAGAAGCGUAAAAUCACACUUAGCAAGAGAAAGAAGCCUACUGUAAAAGUUGUCCCAAAAGUACCUCUUGAGUUGGAUGAACAGACUAGUAGUGAUCUAGAUACGAAACCAAGUGAAGUUACCCCUCUCUUGAAGGCAACAAAUGAAAAUACGAUGGCUGAAGUGCGGGCCGCUGACAGUACGCAAAGUGUCAGAAAAGAUGAUGUCACUAUUAAGCCACGCUGUGAUCAAUCGCACAGUCCUGAGAUACCACUACAGAACGUGACCACAGCGUCUAUAGUCAAUGACGACACGUCAAUUGAACCUGUUGCCAUGGACACUAGCCCACACGCGGAAGAACCAACAGAACAAAAUUCCAGCCAUGAAGCUACUAGUACACUGCGAGACAAACACAGCCAAGAACCUGCCAAACAAGAAGAAAUGAAUAUUGAUCACUCACAAAACUUGAGCAAUGAUGAUUUGCUGACGAAGGACAACUACAAUGAAAUCACUCCUCUUCCUACUGAAAUUACAAUAUUUGAUGGACUUGCAUUAGUACCAGUGCAUGUAAAUGAUGUGCCCCCCACAGCUCUCACUGAUACCCCCCCCCCUCAUCCUGUGAAUGACAAGGACAAUAUUGUAAAUGAUGUGCCCCCCACAGCUCUCACUGAUACCUCCCCCCCUCAUCCUGUGAAUGACAAGGACAACAUUGUAAAUGAUGUGCCCCCCACAGCUCUCACUGAUACCUCCCCCCCUCAUCCUGUGAAUGACAAGGACAACAUUGUAAAUGAUGUGCCCCCCACAGCUCUCACUGAUACCUCCCCCCCUCAUCCUGUGAAUGACAAGGACAACAUUGUAAAUGAUGUGCCCCCCACAGCUCUCACUGAUACCUCCCCCCCUCAUCCUCCUGUGAAUGACAAGGACAACAUUGAACCAAUUGUAAAUGACGUGCCCCCCACAGCUCUCACUGAUACCUCCCCCCCUCAUCCUGUGAAUGACAAGAUUGAACUUAAUAAGCCAAUUGCAAGCAAGGAAUCUGAAGCACCAAGGACCUAUACUAACAGACUCAGCAUCUCUAAAAGUGAUUUCACAAGAAAGUCUAAAACACAUGACAAAUUUCGGUUUCCAAAACGCAAGACUAAAAAACCGGCAAGUUCAAUUGAUCUUCGAAAGGAUGUAACUAUGAGUCAAGCAGUAAAGAAGCUACCUAAAGCAUUACCCAAUAAUACCACAUCCUUUGGUUACAGCCUGGUUGCCAAUAGCAGCAUGUUGCCUCCUCUCAAGAGAAGAAAAACAAUUUCAAGUGUUAACAACUCAACAGUGUCUGCCUUUCAACUGUCAAUAGUGGAUGAUCAGGAGCAGCCAAACAGGAAGCCACCUAUUCGUGUACACACCAGUGGGUUAAAGACACUCAAGCUCAGAGACACUUCUAGUCUGGAGAAAAGCAACACUAGCUAGUCGGAACACAACACACACUCACACUCGUCCAAUGUUUGUCAUAAUUAUUGUCUCUCACACAUUAAUUUUUAAUUUUAUCUGAUUCUGUCACAUUGAACCUUUCUGAUUGUCCUUUAAUUAUAAUUUUAAUAAUUAUACUCCAUUAUAACAAUUCUUCCAGAAAUAAAUAAAAUUGUACUAUACUAUAA